AUGAAUAUAUCAACAUUAUCUAUUCAAUAUUUUGUUAAAUAGACAGAUGAUGUUAAUAAAAUUUAAUAAGUAUUGUUAAUAAAAAAUGCACAAAGAUCUAAAGUAAAAAGUUGAUUAGAAUAGGUUGAGAAAUGUGAUUAACAAAAAACUAAUUAGUUUUUAAAGACAAAAUAAAGAAAUAUUAGUAAUAUAAGUAUAAUUUUUCCACAUUUAUAUAAUUAUGGAUUUUUGUAUGAAGAAGAUCUUGAAUUAACUUAAAUAAAGGAUCCUAAUCAAAAUUUACGACCAAGAGUCUACUAAUUACCAGAAACUCAAAUAAGCAUUUCCAAGGUACCUUUGUUUAAAACUGGAAAAAGAAAAAUAGAACUGACAAAAAAAUAAAAGGACCGUGAUUAUUUGAAAUAUCGAAGACUCUGGAGUAUAAGCAUACAUGAAUAAGAGCACAAUAAUAGUUAAAGUAUAAGGCAAUGGUAGUAGUGCAUUCAAAAGAGGAAUAGAAAUAUUUUAAGAGGAUAAAAAAGUUAGGGAAGGAAAUUAGUUAUAAUGUAUGUAAUAGAUUCCUGGGCCUGA